AUGCUCAGUGGCAAGAUACCAGUCGGAACAAGUUCCACGCAAGAUACUUACAUGACUGAUGAAGAAGAUGUUUCUGAUGAUGAUAUGGCGCCGGAAGAUCUGAUGGAAGAUGAACGAUGCCUGGUUAUUCUCCUCUCCAAAGAAGAAAAAAGAAGAAUGAGGAAACCUUGGCGUAAUUCAUUAAUCAUCAAAAUGUUUGAUGGUAAAGUGGGCUACAUGGGACUUAUGCGAAAGUUAAAGAGAAAAUGGAGCAUUAAAGGAGAGCUCGCUCUAACUGAUAUUGGAUGCAGAUAUUACAUAGCAAGAUUCACAAAUAAAGAAGACUACAAUUUUGUUUUAUCGCAGGGACCAUGGAUGAUUGAUGAUUGUUAUUUAACAAUUAGAAAGUGGGUUACAAACUUUAUCCCCGAUGAUUCUCCACUGAAAGUUCUAACAGCUUGGUUAAGAAUUCUGAAUCUCUCGGCUGAAUAUUUUGACACUCAGUUCCUCCAUAAGGUAGGUGCAAAAAUAGGGAAGGUGCUUCGAGUGGAUCGCACAACAGCCCAAGCUGACAGAGGACAAUUCACACGUAUUAGUGUGGAGAUAGACCUUACAAAACCACUCCUCUCCAAGUUUUGA